AGUCCCCAAGAGAACGUGCUCGGGUACGGGCAGCUGUGGUCGCUCCCGGAGCCAAAAAAAAGUUACUGAGUUAAAUUUUCGGUUGUGAAAAUACGCCUUUUUCCUUUGGCGUAUGGUGUGCGACAGGUGUGGUGCGUACCAACACCGUCCAGUGCGUGCAGUGUCCGGGAUCCGUCACGGUGCCGUUCGUUAUGAGGUGCAGCAGCAGCAGCAGCUAGCUAGCACUAUUUUUGCUUUGCCUAGUGCGCUUCGGUAGAGCUAGAUUUAGGGGUGGCGGCGUGCGUGUGUAUGUGGUGCUGUGUGGUGAAAAGUGUUGUGGAAAACGCGUAGCAAUAGCAGCAAUAGUGCCACAGUGUUAGCAAGCUGUGAGCGGAAAGUCAACUUAGUGCGCAAAGGAUGAGACUUCCCACCGUAGCUGGCACGUCCAGCAGGAAGUUUCUGCUCGGCAGCAUCGUUUUCCUUUUAUGGAUAAAAUUACCCAACCAACCAGUCGACGCUUCGGCGGCGACCGAAAUCAUGGAAAAAUGGGCCGAUAACUUUGGUGAAGAGCUCUGGGAUCUGGCACAAACGAUGACAAAGGCGAUGGAGAUAACGGCGAAAUACAAAGCCUACAAUGCCCGUGUGGAGCACAAGGACGGUACGGCGUUGAUACAAUCGAUCGUCGAAAACGUGGGCCGCAUGUUUAUCCGCAAGAUGGACGCCAUCAAGUGUAUCAUCAAUCUGGCGGAGGAGCUGUCCGAGCAGUUCGAGUACAAUGAAACGCUGGCGGACAACUUUUCCUACUACUCCAGCAAAUACUCGAAUAUUGAUGGACGUCCCGAGCCAGAAAUCCCGGAAACGUUGCUAGAGAACGCCUGGAUGUACCGGAACAUGUCGCUCAAUCCGGACACACACUUCUUCAACAUCUCGGUCAACACUUCCUACAGCUCAGUGCAUGUGCCACAGAACGUGUACGACCGAUAUCCCUGGGUACUGGAGGCACUGCAAUGGUCCGAAUCGUUGGACGAUGUGUUUGUGCAGAACUACAACUCUGAUCCGGCAUUAUCGUGGCAGUACUUUGGUUCGUACACGGGGAUGCUUCGACACUAUCCAGCACUCGAGUGGAACCGAGAGCAUGUGGAUACAUUCGAUUGCCGAAAACGUUCUUGGUAUAUUGAAACUGCAACCUGCUCGAAAGAUAUCGUUAUCUUGCUGGAUAAUUCCGGCUCCAUGACGGGCUACCGGAACUAUAUCGCCCAGCUGACGGUGAAAAGUAUACUGGACACAUUUUCGAACAAUGAUUUUAUAAACAUUUACAAAUACUCGAACGAUGUGGAACCGUUGGUACCUUGCUUUAAGGAUAUGUUAGUACAGGCGACUCCGGAAAAUAUGCGUUUCUUCAACGAAUACGUACGAGAGCUUCUUCCGGAGGGAUACGCGAAUGUUAAGAAGGCUUUUGUGGCUGCCUUUGAGCUUCUGCAGAAAUACCGAGAGAUUCGUCGCUGUAACGAAUCCGUCAGUGGAUGCAAUCAAGCGAUCAUGCUCAUCACCGACGGUGUUCCGAGCAACAUCACCGAGGUGUUCGAGGCGUACAAUUGGUUCGAGAACGGCACCAAGAUCCCGGUGCGUGUGUUUACCUAUCUGCUCGGUCGUGAAGUCACCAAAGUGCGUGAAAUUCAGUGGAUGGCUUGCCUGAACCGAGGCUACUACUCACACAUCCAAUCGCUGGACGAAGUACAGGAGGAAGUCCUCAAGUACGUCACCGUGAUCGCAACCCCGCUGGUACUUCAGGGUGUAGAACAUCCACCAACAUGGACACAUGCCUUCACCGACACAGCAGAAAACCUACUAACGGAAGCGGACGAUGACGAACCACCGAGACUGAUGAUAGCUGUCGGUGCGCCCGCAUUCGAUCGAAAAGCGAAUCAUUACAAUGAAACACGAACCGCCCGGCUUCUGGGAGUGGCCGGUACAGACAUCCCGGUGGAAGAUCUUGACGAGCUGACGCUACCGUACAAACUUGGCGUCAACGGAUACUCGUUCAUCGUCAGCAACAAUGGUUAUGUGCUGAUGCAUCCGGACCUGAGACCCGUAUCAAAUGGACGUCUAAAAGAGAAUUACAACAGUAUAGAUUUGACGGAGAUUGAGCAGAUAUAUGAUGAAAAUAUCACACGCCAGGUUGAGGAUAUGACUGGGCGUGAGAUGAGUCCCUUCAUCUUGGAAUUGCGUCAACAUCUGGUAGAUUCUCGGUUCGGUAAAAUGUUGAAGUUACCGGUACGGUUCCAUUACGAUAAGAUGCGACGAGUAUCGCUCGAGUACCAGGAUUACUACUACGCACCGCUGGAGAACACUCCGUUCUCGCUGGGGCUGGUGCUGCCUCACGAUUAUGGCAGCACGUGGAUUAAGGUGGGCGACGAGAUCAAGCGCAACCAGCAUAUGGGUUUGAACAUCUCCGAUUUCUUUAUGGGUGACAACUGGAAGGUACAUCCAGAUUGGGUGUACUGCAAGUACCAUUAUCUGGAAGGACACGAAUUUAAGACACCGGAGGAUGAGCUGCGCCAUUUCUUGAACCGACUGUACGAACCCACCUGGAAGUGGUCCCAACAGUACGAACCCGAAGAUCCCGAUGAGAAAGCCGAUAUGGAUGGCCCAAACUGUGGACGUAAAACGCUGGACGACGAUGCGUACUACUGCAACAAGGAGCUGGUACAGCUGCUGAUCUUCGACGCGAAGGUCACCAACAACAGUUACCGCAACUGGGAGUUUGAGAACGAGAACGAACGGAAAAUUAUCGAGAUGUACAAUGCCACGCUGCGGUUUGUCGCGACGAUGAGUGGACUAACCCGGUGGCAGUUCAUUUUCGGUGAGGUUGAGGUGGACACGGACAGUGAGUUCGGUGAUUAUCACAAGAAGGCGAUCGACGAAACGUGGUACCGUAGUGCGAUCCUGCAGCACAAGAUCGAUCCGAAGAGUUUCGUGUACUCGGUGCCGCACGAAUCGGACCCACCGGAAGAUGGGGAGCUGAAGGUGACGGCUACGAUGGCUAUCUUUCCGCGCGAUGGUGGACUGGAGGCGCCUGGCUGUGUGACCGGGUUCCAGUUUACGCACUCGCUCAUGUACGAUCGCUUUAUGGAGAUUACGUCGAAGAAGACGUGUGAUGAUUGUAUCGAGACUUGUGCGUCGGAGUCGCGAGAUUGCUACGUGAUCGAUCACAACGGGUAUGUGGUGCUGUCGGAAACCUCCAACCACACCGGACGGUUCUUUGGAGAAAUUGAAGGUGCCAUCAUGCAGUCGAUGGUGGAUAAGGAAAUCUUCACCAUGAUCACCGUGUUCGAUCUGCAGGGAUUGUGCGAGUAUGAGCGAGUAGUGGAAAAUGAUGCCAUCGCGUUACUUCAUCCUUGGCGAGUCCUGAUGCUUGGACUAAAGUGGUUUAUUGCGGAAGUUGCAAUGAUGUUGUCCCGGUUCGACUUUUGGGUGCACGGUAUCCCUAGUCCCGACUACUUUGGACACGAGUACGAUGACUACGAUGAUACGCGCCCAUCGAAACCGAAAAAGAUACACGUCGACGAGGAGGAAGAAUAUUUUAACCGACCGAAGGAAAUUAAGAAGGAGAUCGUAUACGAACCGUGUGAUAAGAAGUCUAACCUGUACGUGAUGCAGCAGGAUAAGUUCAUUAAGGGCGAUGGCUUUUUCUACGAACCACCACCGCCACCGAUGGAGGAAGUUCUUUACCCGCCGUACUUUGCGAAACGUAUUCCUCGCUCCAACUUGCUGAUGAUCAUCGUCGAGAACGGGUACAAGGUGGAUCGGGUUGUAUUAUCCGCCGAACCUGAGGUGAUCUACCACAAUGAAUCGGAAGCGUUGCCCUGUGUAAAGACCAAACUAAACUUCCUUCCCCGCCGACGUCUGGAAGAGUGCUACACCGAACAUCCGGAUGAAGAACUUGUUGCCCAGUGUGGCAGUGGAUCCCGCCUAACCAUGCAACUGACUGUAGUGAUAUCGACUAUUGUGUCACUGUUGUUAUAUCGAUGUGCCCAAAACGCUAAUCCAAUUUUAAUGUAGACUCGAUAGUAGGUAUACUAGGAAUCGAUUUUUUACCGAUACCGCGAGGGUAAAUGACCGCGACAGUCCCUUUUUCUAGUCUAGAGACUUACCCUGGCAACACGACCUCGAAGACUUAAGACAAUUGCGAGUGUGUGCCACCUUGCGUGAUGUUUGUGAUUUUUCUCUUCACAAUGUUACACCAAGUUCUAGACAUUAGAAUUUCAAAACCCCCCAAAUGUAUGCUGUUGUCCUUACGCACACUCACGAAGACACUUUUUUGAUAGGAAAAUAAUUGAAGUUACUAAGUAUGGAGCAUAAAAAAAUAGGGCGAAAGCAGCAACACACACGUUAACUUGUGAGACUUAAAAUGUAAUCAGCAGGCACAAUGGACGUAGUAUGUAUUGGACCACUCACCUUCCAAAGACUUUACUGUAGUACUGAUGCGUACUGGAAAGCGCAUGCUGGCCCUCUUGGCACUUCUUUCUUAUUGUACAACCGUUUUUACACUGUAAACACACACACACACCGUAACGCCAUCCACCUUUUUGCCAUCCAUCCAGCGAAUAGAUUAUUGGAAGAUUUAUAUGAAGAGUGGUCUAUAAAGAAACACUGUGGUUGAGAGUCACUCUGGACAACUUUGGAGAGAGGGUAGAUUAUAGGAAGAAACUGUCUUUUAUCCAGAAGUAAAAUGUUCACUUUGGGUUGGUUCCAUCACCAAGAAGAGAUAUUCGAUGCCAUGGCACUGCGAUUUGUGUUCUGUUUAGUUUGAAGCUUACUGUGCACGCCAAUCACUUCAAACCCUUCUAGUCAAUCAACUGUACAAUCGUAAGUCAAUCUCACUGCGGUCUUUUCGAAAUACACUUUCUGUGUUCUUCUCCCUACAAUGCCAAAAUACGGUGUAUGGUUGGUAUGUUGGAAUCCGGAAUUUUUGUCCCAGUCAGGUCAGGCACAAUCAGUUGCGAAAGCAAGACAAAUCUUUUCUAUACUCAGUACGUCAAAACGUCAAACAACCACCAAUCUGGUAAUGCUGGACAAAGCAAUAGACAAAAGCUCAGAUAACUAGAAAAACUUAAUAUUAAUUUGCGAGAUGAAAAAGGGUAUCUUUGUUACGGGAAUCAGUUAGAGUAGCGUGCAAUUUGAAGUCACUGCAAGGUUUGACAAGGUUUGCUGGCACUCCACAAAGGCACAAUCAGUUUGAGAGGUAGCAACCGUUGACUUAAGUUCUAUCUGAAGCACUCGCUUUUCACGAGGCAGAUCCUUGAGUGACUUGAGUGAUUGUUAUGAUGAGUCCUUCAUUUUUUAAAUUGACUUAGCCAUCGGAAGAUAGGGAUACAAGACAUAGUAGAUAGUUGAGUAAAACGAACAAAAACGAAUACUAAAGAAACAAUAAUACUCCGCCGUGGACGUAAUAGGAGAACACGCGAUCGAUGUUAACAAUUCGUAUUGGGAUAGUUUGUGUAGUAAAAUUUAGACCCAAUACAUACGAUCGCACUAUAAAAGCGCCUAACCGUUACCGGUAUAGUUGACGGAAGGAGUGUUUAGGUGAUAAUCAAAAACUAGCGGAAGGGCUUUAUUUAUAAGACGCAUACCCAGGGUGUGGUGCACGAGUGUUGCUCCGGCGUAGCGUUUGUUAGUUUUCUGUUUUUGGUGUCACCAACUGUGAGAAUAAAUUCUUUGUUAAGUUUCCUGUA